UCCGGCAAAGGCUGCUGCCAGACCUCCAUCCCCAAGGGAAUCAACUACUAUGAUGUGGGCUUCGAUGACGAGUUCAACAACUCCUGGGUGUGGGAAUUCAAUCCCUGCAGCUACGCCGUUCUGGCCGAUGCCGACUGGUUCAAGUUCAGCACGGCUUACAUUACUACCCGGGAGCUCAAUGAGACGAAUGGGGGGCGGGCGCCCAUGGUGCUGGACUGGGCCAUCGGCAACCAGACGUGCGAGGUCGCGCAGCGUAACACAACCUCCUAUGCGUGCUUCAGCAAGCACAGUGACUGUUUUAACUCCACCAAUGGCCCAGGAUAUCUUUGCAGCUGCUCCAGUGGGUACCAAGGCAACCCCUAUCUUCCCAACGGAUGCGAAGAUAUUAAUGAAUGCGAUCUCAAAGAGGAAUAUCCAUGCAAUGGGAUUUGCACCAACACAGACGGGGGAUAUAAUUGUACAUGCCCAACAGGCACGAAGGGCGACCCGAAAAAUGGAACCUGCAAUUCCGACCACAGCAAUCUUUCCACGUCAGUGAAAUUGGUUAUAGGCAUCGUCACCACCACCAGCUUUGCCCUUCUACUCUUACUAUGCAUUGUCGUUUACAUGGUACAUGAAAGAAGAAAACUUACGAGAAUAAAAGAGGAAUACUUUCGGCGACAUGGAGGGCGGUUGUUGCUUGAAGAGAUAAAGUCGAAGCAAGGUCUUGCAUUUAAGGUAUUCACGAAAGAAGAGCUAAAGCAGGCAACAAACAACUUUGACAAGAGCCGAAUUCUUGGAGGUGGAGGCCAUGGAACUGUUUACAAGGGAAUAUGUUGUCUGGAGGUGGAAGUCCCGAUGUUGGUUUAUGAAUUUGUCUCCAAUGGAACCUUAUUCGAAUUAAUCCAUGACAGGAAUAGGACCUCCCACAUUUCAUUGGAUACCCGUUUGGAGAUUGCUUUACAUUCCGCAGAAGCCCUGGCAUAUCUACAUUCAUCAGCUUCCCCUCCAAUCCUUCAUGGAGAUGUCAAGUCUUCGAACAUACUUUUAGAUGACAACUACAAUGUUAAGGUGUCGGAUUUUGGAGCUUCCAUGUUCGUGCCAAAGGAUGAAACUCAGUUUGCUACACUAGUUCAAGGGACUUGUGGUUACUUGGAUCCCGAAUACCUACAAACGUGCCAAUUAACCGAUAAAAGUGAUGUUUAUAGUUUCGGUGUGGUUCUUCUGGAGCUCCUUACUGGAAAAAAGGCAAUUUAUUUUGAAGGAUUUGAUGAAGAAAGAAGUCUCUCAUCAUAUUUUUUAUCUGCCAUGAAGGAGAAUCGGCUUCUACAGCUUUUGGACAAUCAAAUUAUUAAUGAGGAGGAUAUAGAGUUGAUACAAGAUGUUGCUGAGCUAGUAAGGCGAUGCCUCAAUGUUAGAGGUGAAGAUAGGCCUGCAAUGAAGGAAGUGGCUGAUGAGCUAGAUCGGUUAAGAAAAUGCAAACAACAUCCAUUUUUACAGCAUAAUCCUGAAGAGAUUGAGAGUUCACUUGGUAAGUCAUCAAGCUACAAUGAAAAAUGA